AUGGUCAACGUUAGUCAAGAAGCAGGUGCUUUUUUUCAAACCGAUGCAGAAAUCGCCAAACAGAAAGAAAAGGCAGCUAAAUACAAUUAUACAGCCGGUGAAGCUAUUAAACUAUCGUCGAAAGCUUUAGAGAUCAAAGUAGAUGAGGAUGGCCAGUACCUUUAUGUUGCUGAAUCUGGUUUUUUUGUCAGGAAAAUCUCAUUAGCUACUUCUAAAACUGUCAAAUUCUUCAAAGGGCACAAAGGGCCCGUUACAACAGUUGCAAUUUGCAAAGACAAACUUUGGACAGGUUCUUGGGAUAAAACAAUCAAGCAAUGGGAUAUAGCUACAGCAGAAUGCCUUGCUACAUUAGAAGGGCAUACCGAUUUUGUUAAAACGAUACUUGUCAUUGGCGACUAUUUACUUUCAGGUUCUUCUGAUUGCUUUAUUCGUAAAUGGCAUAUUAAGAAUGGUGACAAUAAAUGCAUUGCAGCGGAGAAGAAACAUCGUCGUCCUAUUGAAACAUUGGCCCCAUCUGAAAAUGGAAAAUACGUUUUUUCUGGUUCGUCUGAUGGCACAGUCCUUCAAUGGGAUGUAGCGACCAUGCAAGUGGUCAAAUCAUUUGCUGGACAUGAUACUAGUAUUUAUUGCAUACGUGUGUGGGAAGAAGAUUUAUGGACAGCAUCAGCCGAUAAAACAGUUCGCCGAUUCAACAUUAAUACAGGCAAGGAAGAUAUGUUGCUGGAACAUCCUGAUCGCGUGAAGUCAAUUGCAUUAGCUGGCCCUUAUAUCGUAACUGGAGCUAGUGAUGAUAACAUCAGAGUAUGGGAUGUUGGGUCAUCAAAGCUGUUAUGUACAAUUGAAGGACAUUUUGACGAAGUGGGAAGUUUAAGUGUGCUGGGAACGAUUUUAUAUAGUGGCUCUUUGGAUUGCUCUGUGCGGAAAUGGUCCUUGACAAAGGCAGCAUUAGAGAAAUAUAAUGAAGAAGCCCGUUUGCAGAAGCAGAAAAAAGAAGAAGCAAAAGAUACUGCUGAUGUAUUGACCGAGGAAGAGGAAAGGGAACUAGCAGAGCUAUUGCUUUCUGACAACGAUGAAUAA